CGACUCGGAGCGAGAUCUAAACCUUCAUGGCGUCGUCAUUCUCUGGCCUUCGAUCCUGCUCCGCUUAGAUCCGAAGUGGGUCGCAGCCCGAGAGGGCGAGAGGGAGAGGGUAAAUCACACAUAGUCAGACAUGGCAUUUGGGAGAAGUUCACGUACAGACACAAGGAGGACAUCGUCGUCGUACUGUUCGACGAUGACUCUUGUCGUAUUUGUUGCCCUCUGUUUGGUUGGGGCAUGGAUGAUGACAUCCUCAGCCAUGGCUCCAGCAGAGGUGCCUUCAUCCGCCACCAAAUCCGACAUGAGUGAUAAGGUUUCUCGGACUAGUUCUAACCCAUACAAAGAUGGUUCAGAUGAUACGAGUGAAGAUUCAGUUAGCGAUGAUAGCAGCAGUGGUGAAAACAACAUGCCUAAUAAAUCAGAUUCUGAGUCAGAUAAAACAUCUGAGAAGUUGGAAGAGAAAACUGAAGAGGAAAAUCCUACCAAGGGAAGUGAUGAUAUUAAUAAUGACUCAGAUGAUUCAUCGAACACUCAGAAUGAUGGUGAUGCAAAUGGGAACAAAGGUGGGGAGACAAUUGAGGAAGCUGGAGAUGCCAAAGAGGGAAAUGACACAGGUGAUGAGGAACGUGGUCAAGAACAGAAGCCCAAGCCAGAGCAAGACGAGAAAUCCGAUGGUGAUAAAACUGAGGAUGGGAAAACUGACGGUGUUAUAGAGGAAAAAGUGGAUCAAAGCUCUGAUGAAGACAAAGAUGGCAGCCAGUCAAGGGACAAGGGUAACAAUGAGGUUUUUCCUUCUGGGGCCCAGACGGAGCUUUUGAAUGAGACCAGUACACAGAAUGGAGCAUGGUCUACCCAAGCUGUAGAAUCAAAGAAUGAGAAGGAGAUCCAAGCUUCUUCUUCAUCCAAGGGUCAAACUAUAGAAUACAGCUGGAAACUGUGUAAUGUCAAAGCUGGAGCAGAUUAUAUCCCUUGUCUUGACAAUGAAGCAGCUAUUAAGAAGCUUCACAGUACCAAACACUAUGAACACAGAGAGAGGCACUGUCCUGAUAAUGCUCCAACAUGCCUCGUUCCUCUUCCUGAUGGAUACAAACGAUCGAUUAAGUGGCCCAAGAGCAGGGAAAAGAUAUGGUACAACAAUGUCCCCCAUGCUAAGCUUGCUGCAGUAAAAGGACACCAAAAUUGGGUGAAAGUUUCAGGAGAGUAUCUCACGUUUCCAGGUGGUGGAACCCAGUUUAAACAUGGUGCACUUCACUACAUUGAUUUCAUCCAAGAGUCAUUGCCCAACAUUGCAUGGGGAAAACGUAGCCGUGUCAUCUUGGAUGUCGGAUGCGGAGUGGCAAGCUUUGGUGGAUUUCUAUUUGACAGAGAUGUGCUGGCCAUGUCAUUUGCACCCAAAGAUGAGCAUGAGGCCCAAGUGCAGUUUGCUCUUGAGAGAGGAAUUCCAGCAAUAUCAGCAGUCAUGGGAACCAAAAGGCUUCCAUUCCCGAGCAAGGUCUUCGAUGUUGUUCACUGUGCCCGCUGUAGAGUACCGUGGCACAUAGAAGGUGGUAUGCUUUUGUUGGAGUUGAACCGGUUGCUGCGCCCUGGUGGUUACUUUGUCUGGUCUGCCACUCCAGUGUACCAAGACCUUCCGGAAGAUGCUGAAAUUUGGAAAGCUAUGUCUGCCUUGACGAAAUCUAUGUGCUGGGAGAUGGUGACAAGGAAAAAUGACACAUUAAACCAAGUAGGGUUGGCUGUUUACAGAAAGCCUUCUGACAAUAAGUGCUAUGAAAAAAGAGCAAAUGAAAACCCUCCUCUGUGUCAAGAGUCUGAUAAUCCGGAUGCAGCUUGGAAUGUACCUUUGCAAGCAUGCAUGCACAAAUUGCCAGUGGAUCCGACUAGUCGUGGCACAGUGUGGCCAGAACAGUGGCCACAAAGGCUUGAGAAGACACCUGACUGGCUGAGUGGAUCACAAACUGGGGUUUAUGGAAAGCCUGCACCUGAAGACUUUCAAGCAGACUAUGAGCAUUGGAAACAGAUAGUUGGCAAAUCUUAUGUCAACGGGAUGGGAAUCAACUGGUCUACCGUGAGGAAUGUCAUGGACAUGAGAUCUGUCUAUGGAGGUUUCGCUGCAGCAUUGCGGGACAUGAAAGUCUGGGUAAUGAAUAUUGUCUCGAUUGAUUCACCUGACACACUUCCUAUUAUUUACGAGCGUGGACUGUUUGGGAUGUAUCAUGACUGGUGUGAAUCAUUUAGCACGUAUCCAAGAACAUAUGAUCUUCUCCAUGCGGACCAUCUAUUCUCCAAACUUAAGAAAAGGUGCCGAUUGCUGCCAGUAAUUGCUGAGGUGGACCGGGUACUGAGACCUGAAGGGAAGCUGAUUGUUAGGGACGACGCCGAUGUGAUUAGCGAGAUAGAGAACAUGGCAAAGUCUCUCCACUGGGAGAUCACACUGACUUACUCAAAUGAUAACGAAGGAUUGCUGUGUGUUCAAAAGACAAUGUGGCGGCCGCAAGAUACUGAAGCCAGCAUGUCAUCGUUGUCCUAACGCCUCCUUGCAGGUGGAUGGAAUGAAUUUUGCUGGUUCUAUUUCUUCAUCUUUAACUUUUGCUGCUUGUCACACCCAAACUCGCAUCAAAGAAGAGGAGCUCUCAAAUCACAGAGUUUUAACUGUAAAACUAUGAAUUCUUUCCACCAAUCAAAUAUUUAUCCAUUCUUACUAAGGGAUAAAUAAUCUAAUAUUGUUGCGAUUAGCUUAAUGCCAGUCCCCAUGUUUCCCAUAAUAUGAUAAGCAGUUUUGGCGUUUUUGAUCU